GUGACUCUGAUAAAUGAAAGGACUGUUUGCAACCAUGCAAACAUUCCUGAGGAGCAUCUCCUCCUCUCAGCCUGAGGCGUGCAGCCAUUGGUCCUCUGCAGAGCACAGCUGUUUCAUCCGCAGCCUCUGAGGAGGAUGAGGGGAGGGAGGGUCCAAUCUAUUUAUAAAACCCAGCGGAUCUGCAGCCUGUCUCUGGUUGAGUUACAGACCGCUCCGCUCCGCUCGGGUCCAGAGGACACCUCCUGAUGUCUCCUGUCCUGUCCCCGUCCUCCGCAGCAGACGCAGCUCCCCGCCCCCACGGUGCGGACAUGGGCGGCAUCCCCGCAGCGGCCGGCGGCCCUUCCUGAGAGAAGCCAGCAGAACAGGGGGCUGGAGGAAGGAUUCUUCUGGCAACCAGCGCAGCUUUGUGAAGGAAGGCUGUGACGUGUCUGAGGGCCUUUAGCUGGACAACAGACGUGCAUCAGGUUGUGUACAGAAGGGAUGUUGAGCAAUCGUGUCAACAUGGAGCUGAAUGGAGAAACUUUCUGAGCAUACCAACACGGCUCCAGGCUGCAGACGGAGCGCCGUGCCGUCGGACCACGCAGGAAUCCACCGGCAGUCAGACCAGAGCUGCAGCAGAUCUGGAGUUCUUCUCCUCGCCUCAUCAUGACGCAGCUGGAAGCCUCUGAGGCAGGGGGGGAGCCCCCCUCCUCCUACAUCAUUUUCCUGGUGGUCUUCCUCUUCUUCUUAACUGGACUCCUGGGCUUCCUCAUCUGCCAUCUGCUGAAGAAGACGGGCUACCGCUGCAGGACUGGAGACCCGGAGGACGAGGAGGACAAGCUGGAGGAAGAUGCUGAUGAUGAGAACGAUGAGAACCAGGACACAGUGGAGCAGAUCCUGAAAUGCAUCAUGGAGAAUGAAGCCAACAUGGAGGCCUUCAAUGAGAUGUUAGGAAACCGCAGCGUCUGCGUUCGCCAUGAUCCAAGGUUACGUAAGGAAUCUCUUGGUGGUGUUCCUCCCCAUCUCCAUACGGUGCACUCAGGCACCGACCACAACUCCUGCCUCCUCUGCGCCCAGGUUCGAGCCAAAAAGGGCCGCAGACAAAGCAGGACGCCCCGCUUCAAGCAGCAACCAGGAGAGCAGACUGUUUUUUCUGUCGGGAGAUUCCGGGUGACACAUUCGGAUAAGAAGUUUCAGGGGCGUCCAAACCUACUGGCUGCCUCGGGGGAGCAGUUGGACCAGUCCCAAGAUAGCGACAACAUAAAGGAGGACGGGUUCAAUCUGAAAAAUAUGUUCAAAGAAGUCCAACCAGCUUCAGAUGGAGUCCAUGGCGUAGCGGCGAAUGUGGGGAAGAGAAAGAAAAGUAUGACCUUAUUUGGAUUAAGGCGGGGCAGUGAUCCUUUAGGUUUGAGAGUUAAAGAGAGGGCGGGGGCAGAUCCUCGGGGGGUUAGAUUUGCUGUUCAGCGGCCACCUGUAGUACUAGAGGAACCAGCCAAUCCAGAGCGCUGCACUAAACCCGGCGCCAAGAUGAAUAUCGCUCAGGGGGAAGUUAUAACUUCCAUUCUGAAACCAUCCUCCAAGUCUGAUUCUGUUCCCCAGGAAGGCCUCACCCUCGGGCUGAACUCUGACCUUCAAGACAAGACAAACACAGGAGCCUCAGCUCCUACCUCCCUCCCCAUCCCCACCGAAAGAUCUGUGAAUAUGGACAGUAAGGUAGAUCCUGGACCGCUACAGACUUCAACCCCUAUUGACACAAUACCUGCACCGGUUCCAGGAUCCAGCUCAGUCAUGCCCACUGCUAAGUCCAACUUCAAAAGGGACUUUAUGGCUGUCAGAGCCUCCUCUGACCCAUGUUCCAGCCCGGAUCCGGAGCCAACCGUUGGUGGUGGCCCUGCUUUAAUAAGCUUAGGUUCUUCUCCUGCAUCUUCUCUCCAAAACAAAAGCUUUUCCUCAGUGUCCUCUUUAAAGACGCCUACCUCAUCCCUCAUAGAGUCACCAAGCCCCAAAAGUAGCUUACCAAACAUUACCGUAGCAUUAGCAACACUAGCCCCGUGUUCUUCUCCAACUUCAGCUUCAUCUGGCUUGAUUUCUGUAAGAUCUACGACCCAAGAAGGCCUCCUUCCUGGUCCAUUCUCUAUAAAUGGACAGAAAGUAGAUAGACAGACAGAAGAACAGACGGAAACACAGAGGGCUGGAAUCCUAAAAACACCUAAACUGUUUCCACUUUCACCAGGAGGUCCAGCCUCUUCUUCUGAGCAGAGUUUUAAAGACAGACUGAGAGAUUUGCCUCCAUCGCCCUCCAGUCCAUUGUCCCCAUCCUCCCCCAAAGGGGGGAGGAUCAGUAGUGUGACCAUGAUUAAAGUCAGUCCUGACAGCAAGAGGCAGUUCUCUGUAACGACCACUGUGGAUAAAGACAGUGUCUCCUCAGUGUACCAGGAAGGGGAGGGCUCUGAAAAGAGUCCAGCUGUCAGAAGACAGGAAGAGACUUUAGCUGCUGAAUCUGAGACUCAGAGCAGAGGAAGCCGCGGACCAGAGACUAGACCAUACCUCAGCCAAGACAAGGAUGACAUGAUGGAGAUGGAGGACAUUAGAGACUGCAAGGUGACACAGAUGGAGGGAGGCCAGAAGCCCAACGAGGAGACCAUGCUGGAUAACCGACCCAAACAGAACCAGGAGGGGAAGACUCUAGAAGAAGAGGAGAUAACUGCUUCCAGUAAUGUUUCAAGGAGAGAAGAGAUCCCAGGAACUGAACUAAAGGCAGAUAGAAUAAUAUAAAUGACAAAAUAUUAGUAUGUUAUCAUUGUUUGAUUCAUUUGGCUGCAGAUGAUGGUGGGAAAAUGUGGAUUGUUUUGUCUGUUUAGCCACUGACACCAGACUGAUUGUUUCCUGCUGUGAAACUUCUGGUUUGCUCACAUCGUCUCCACCAGCAGGUUAUUGGUGAACGCUGCCGCUGGCAUCAUCCCCACCCAACAGUUCACUCUGUGCGUCAAAGCGUCUCAUUU